AUGGCAUCACCAUCCGCUCGGCGGCGAUCUGUGGUGAUCGACUUGGUCAGCGACGAGUCUUCCGAUGAGGCUAUACCUGACCCGCCGAGACCAGUUCGCACGCCUGCGGAGCACCAACAGGCCACUCCUGGAGCUAACGACUUCGCCAUGGACGACUUCAUCGACUUCAAUGCAGGACUGCCUGGUACCUUCCCAGAUGAGCCCAUCGUACCUCAGAUCACGCCGACCUCACCGCCGCUUGACAACCACCUUGACGGCGAAUAUCUCAUCAUCGAUGGCGAACAGGUCUUCAUUCCUAAUAGCCCAGGUGAUCGAGCCAGAUCCAUCGGCGCCCCAAGUGAACAACCACAUACCCGUGAAGAGCAAGCCGCUCUUCCUGCUGGCGUGCUAUUCACAUUCGAUGACUGCCUCCAGCAUAUCCUAGCAGUCUUUCCAGACGUCUGCCACGAUCACGUUCGUGUGAUGUACGAUGCUAUCGACAAUAUUCCAGGAUCUGACCGAGUCGAGCAUAUCGUCAAUCAGCUACUCUCCAAAGACAGCUAUCCAAAGCGGGACAAGGGGAAGAAGCGCAAGCGCGAUGAAGAAGAAGACGACAUCGACCUCAAGCGCUGGGAGGGCCCAAAUCGUGAAGUCGUUCCCACCCACCUCAAAGGCACUAUCACCGCCAUGCUGAAGGCCGAAUUCCCGGAAGCAACUCACAACUUGAUCGCAGAGCAAGUAGCAAUUCAUCGGCAUCUCUACCCAACUUUCAUCGCCCUCACCAAAUCCAAAGAAGGCAAGCAAGUCGUUGGGUGGAGAGGCCGUCCCCCAAAAGGCAUGCUCGCGGAUGCUGAUAUCAUCGCAUCUAAUUCUGGAUGGGACGCUCUGUCCGACGAACUCAAGGCUGCUCGUAAGCAAGCAGAGCGAGUCGUGGCUGAACGUCGUGCAGAGAAUGCUAAGAGGAUCGCCGAACAAGAGAACCUGCAACGGGCAAUCGAGGCAGGGGAGACAGCAGAGUGCCAAGCAUGUUUUGAGGAGCUUCCCAUGAACCGUCAGAUCCACUGCAACGGCGACGUUGCCCACUUCACGUGCUUUGAUUGUACAAAGACGUACAUCAAAUCUGAAGUUGGCGAUUCACGCUGCCGAGUGCUUUGCACUGCUGGCUGUGGCGCCGGCUUUGCUUAUGCUCAACUUCACCAGCUCUCUGACAAGGGUCUGCUCACAAAGCUGGAGCAAUUGCAACAAGAGAAGGACAUUCGUGAUGCUGGCCUGGACGACUUGGAAGAAUGCCCAUUCUGCGACUACAAAGCAAUCCUUCCCCCGGUCGAAGAGGAUUUCGAAUUCAGAUGCAUGAACCCCUUGUGCGAGAAGGUCAGCUGCCGACGCUGCAAAGCCCUCUCGCACAUCCCGCUAUCCUGCGAAGAGUACGCCAAGGACAACAAGAUCAAUGCUCGACACAAGAUUGAAGAAGCUAUGACUGCAGCGAUGAUACGAUCUUGCAACAAAUGCAAGAAGCAGUUCAUCAAGGAAUAUGGCUGCAAUAAAAUGAGCUGCCCAUCGUGCGGCAACUUACAGUGCUAUGUCUGCUCAGAGUCGCUUAAGAGCUACGAUCACUUCGACCAGGGCGGUGGUCGCGGCGGACCUGUGAACGCCUCACAAAAGAAGUGCCCGCUGUAUGACAACGUCGAGGAGAGGCAUGAGCGAGAAGUCAAGGAAGCUGAGGCCGCCGCAAGAGCAGCUGCCAUGGCCGAGAAUCCUGAUGUUUCGGAAAAGGACCUUGAGAUCAAAGUUAGUGAUGCUGUCCAGAAGGCCACCAAAGACCGGAUCCAGAGAGGAGCAAUGGCGCCGGGCGGCAUACCCCUACCACCAGGACAUGACUAUGGAGGUUUGUUUGCCAGAAUGCCACGCUUCGGACGAUACCUGGCCCAAGAUGAUGCUGACGAUGACGAGGAUUUUGAGGAUGAGAUAGAUAUCGCUGAGGAGUUGUUGGACAUUCGUCGGCGGCAGCGAGGCCUUCGAGGCGCACGCCACAACGAAGUGGCCCGACUCGACCGGCUUUUCGAGCAAGAGCACGAUCGUCAAGCAGACCCGGCAGCAGAUCCUCGUCUUCGUGCAAGAGAUCCUCGUCUUCGUCGUCAGCCAGCCAAUAUGCCGCCUGGCAAUGUCCCGGCCCAUCCGGCACCAGCGAGACCACCUGUGCCUAGAAUGCAAGGCUUCAUACCCGUCUUCGAUCUUCGUCCCCCAAUGUUGCAAGCACAAGCACUACGCGCAGCAAAUCCUGCUUGGAACGCGCCCGCAGCACAGCCUUUGGAACAAGCACAACAACCAGCAGCAAACCGUGCUCGCGCUCGCGAUCCGUUCGACAUACUUGACGACUAUCUUCCUGGCGCGGAUCCUUUUGCUAACGAGCCUCCUCCACCGGCUGUAAUGGCUCCACACCCACCGCCGGCGCAGCCGCGUGCAGCAGUCCUUCAAGACGGUGCUGCACAGGCUAGGGGAGGACAGCUGCCUGAUCGUCUCCAGCGAGCCCGUGAACUUCGACUUGCGCAGCAGCAGCGACUUUUGCGGCAACGACAACGAGCCCAGGAGCACGUACGGCAACAACAGGAGCAGUUAUUGGGGCAUCUGCAUGGACAUCACGGCGAGCAUCGUAGACAGCUAUUGGCACAGCUGCACCAGGCUCAAGUUCAAGCCAUACAGUGGCCAUAUGGGGGGAACGCUGGAGUGAACGGAGGGCAGCAUCAGCAUGACGGCUGGAACCCACCCGAUGGUCCCCACGCCGGCUAG